AUGCAUCCCGCUUUAUUCCGUUUCUGCUGUUGUUAUCCCACGAUUGGCACUGGAAAGCUUCGUUUUGGUGAACCCAAGACUGGCAUAGGAACAGACAUGGCUCCGGCUACGUCUUCGCAUCCGGACGACCCCAUUGUCACCAGCACUACUCGUGAAGAUGGCGAUCAUGAAUGCAAAGCGAUUGAGUCAGCUAAUUUUCAAUCGUCGUCAAAUUUCGAGUCCCGAAUUGUGAUGAAUGGCCCCGAGUGGAAGGAGACCCCAGCGCCUUCAUCGCCAUUGCUCUUCCAGCCAAUUGUCGAGUCUGAAAAUGAAGAGCCCAUUCAAGCAACCGAGAUCGACACCCGAUCUUCAUGCAUUGAUGGGAUGGGGACGCCUACCCAGCUUCCAGAACCCUUUAAUGUGGACCGCACAGUCCAAGUCCAAGCCUCUACGUCACAAAGUCCCAGUCGCAGCGCUCAGACCGUUGCAGAUCCGGGGGACGAUCCUGCAGGUGAUCGUGCAGAGUAUAUACUAGCAAUACCGCCGCAAUUAACUCCUAUACCUGAAGCGGUUGAAAAAGAUAUUUCCGGAGAGAGAUCCCCACAGUCAAAUUCAGAUUUUCCCCCACCGCGUUCCGCAGAGGAAGAAUUUUUAACUUUGCGGGCGGUGACGUCCACUGCUGCGACAGGCAGUGUAGGGCUAUCGCCAAAAUCAUCUACUUUGACUUCAACCUUUAUUUUUGACGAUCAGAGUGAAUUGGUCAUGAUGCAGCCAGAGAAUUUUCCCAAUCCGUCUUCAUGGGUUCCACUGGAUCCGGAUCACGAGGAGAUGGUGGACAUAUCGUCUACGGAAGAUUCGGCCAACGACGCAGGAGAUUCUGUGUUCGACGAAGAUGGUUACCACUCGGAUACAUCCAGCUACACUGCUUCGCUAUUAUCGGAUGUAAAAGACUAUGCCUACGAAAAUGGUCGAAGAUACCAUUCCUACCGCGAGGGAAACUACGUUCUCCCCAACGACGAACAAGAACAAGAUCGACAAGAUCUACUCCAUCAUGUCCGCAAUCUAGUGUUGAACGGUGCACUGUUCCGCACUCCACUAGAACCUUCCAUCCAGCGUGUACUAGAUAUCGGCACCGGCACGGGAAUCUGGGCCAUCGAUUUCGCAGAUAGCUUCCCCAGCGCCGAGGUCAUCGGCACGGACCUAAGUCCCAUCCAACCAUCCUGGGUCCCGCCCAAUCUACGCUUCAUUGUCGACGACGCGGAGGAGCCGUGGCUGUUGAGUGCCAAUCGGCCAUUUGAUUUCAUUCAUGCGCGUGAUCUUGGUGGCGCUAUUGCUGAUUGGCCGCGGCUGCUGCGGCAGGCUUACAAGCAUCUCAAGCCCGGUGGGUGGAUUGAGCUGCAGGAGUUUGAAGUUAUGCUCAAAUCUGAUGACGAUACGUUGAAGCUGGCACCGACGUUGUGCGAGUAUCUGCGACUUUUACACGAGGCUAGCGAGGCUUUUCAAAGACCUAUGAAUAUCGCCGAGGGUCAUCGUGCGAGACUUGCGGAGACUGGGUUUGAAAAGGUUAGAGAUGAAGUGUACAAGGUUCCCUCUAGUUCUUGGGCCGGGGAUCCCGUUCAGAAACAGAUUGGUCGGUAUAAUUUGUGUUCGCUUCUAAUGGCGGUCGAGUCUUACUCGCUGGCACUGUUCACUCGUGUGCUGGGCUGGCCCAACAAUGAUACCCAGGUGUUCCUAGCUGGGGUUCGGAAAGAUUUGAAGAAUCCCCAGGUUCACUCUUAUUGUAAUUUGCACGUUGUGUACGGCCGGAAGCCGCAAUUUGAAGCCGGGAUUGGAUUCUCGGAUUGA